AUGGCGGCCUCCGUGCUGGAGCAGGGGGAGGACGCGUUCCGGAAGAUUUUCCGUUAUUACAGAAGACGGAACCCGCCCUGCGACCUGUCCGGGGUGAUAGAGUUCCGGCCGGGGGAUCCCAGGGUGAAGGGCGCAAAUCUGAGGGCCGGCGCGCUCAGUGACCAGGAUGCGGGCAGAGUCGGCUUACAGCCAUUGCACCGGUGGAAAGCCUAUCAGCUGGAAGGUUCUCCAGGUUUCCUGUUCAUUGAGAACCCCUUCCUACCGGGUUGGCAGCACCGCUGGGUGCGGCAGUGCCUGAAGCUCUAUCCCAGGAAACCCAACGUCUGUAACCUGGAUCUGCACAUGAAUCCGGACAGUACCGCUGACCUGUGGUCCGCCAGCCAGAGCCAGCUCCGGAGAAAGUCCUCUCAGCGGCGCAGCGAGAAAACGUUGCUGGAGAAACUGCGCUGGGUGACACUUGGCUUCCACUACAACUGGGACACAAAGCGAUACCACGGAGAGAAUCACAGCGACUUCCCCGUGGAGUUAGCAGAACUUUCCCGCAGCGUGGCAGUGGCUUGUGGCUUCCCCGUUUUCAAGGCAGAGGCUGCUAUUCUAAACUAUUACCGAAUGGACUCGUCCUUAGGAAUCCAUGUGGAUGAGUCUGAGCUGGACCGCCAGAGCCCCCUCCUCUCAUUCAGCUUUGGACAGUCCAGUAUAUUCCUCCUUGGGGGGCUAAGCAGGGAUUUGUCCCCCACUGCAAUGAUGAUGAACAGUGGUGACAUCAUGGUUAUGUCUGGCCCCAGCCGCCUGUUGUACCACGCUGUGCCACGGAUUCUCCACCAUCCCGCAGGAGGCAUCUUACCCCCCAGCUUAUCUGCGCCUCCACCGAGUGAGGAUUCAGGUUACAAUCCUCUCAUUGAGCCGUGUUCCACCGAAGACUGGGAGGUCUGCGAAACGUAUCUGCAAACAUCCCGGAUUAAUAUGACUGUAAGGCAGGUUCUAGAGGAGGGGGGCAGCUUCCCAGAGAGGGAGGACACGGAUGGUAAAGGUGACCCAGUCAUCAAGGGAGACACUUACCACAGCGAAGAUAGUGACAUGCUGGAGGCUGAAGACAGAGAGAGUCGGCUGGCGAAACGCGUGAGAACGACGCAGGAGAGCUGAGUCUAUGUGGGGGGGUUGGGAGCAUUUUAUUUUUGGCCCACAAAUUAAAAGAAAUCUGUUUAUUUUUAAUUAAA